CGUGCGCAAGAGUCAGAGCUCAUCCCUCAGACUGCGUGCGGCCGUUGCUGGAGCAGUACGGCUAGCGGUUGGAUGGCGCGGGGCGGAGUGGGGCGGGCAGCGGCCCUGGGCCUGGCACUGCGGCUACUGCUGGGUCUUGGACUAGGCCUAGAGGCCACCUCGGCCCCGGCCCCGACCCAGGUCCACGUCUCGGGCUCCAGAGCUGACUUGUGCCCGACAGACAAGUUCCAGUGUAUUACCAGUGGCUACUGUGUGCCCCUCUCCUGGCGCUGCGAUGGGGACCCAGACUGCUCUGAUGGCAGUGAUGAGGAGGAGUGUAGGAUUGAGCCAUGUGCUCAGAAAGGGCAGUGCCAACCACUGGCUACCCGUCCUUGCUCCUGUAAUGACAUCAGUAGUUGCCCUGCUGACUUUGACAAGAAUCUUCUCAACUGCAGCCUCCAGCCCUGUCAGGAGGGCAAGCUGCGUUGCAUUCUGGGUGAUGUCUGUAUCCCACACACAUGGCGCUGUGAUGGCCACACAGACUGUCCUGACUCCAGUGAUGAGCUCAGCUGUGACACCAACACAGAAACUGACAAGAUCUCCCAGGAGGAUAACAUCACAGCUACAAGGACUCCUAUGACCCUGGAGAAUGAGACCUCUCUCAGGAAUGCAACAGUUGCCUCUGCUGGGGACCCUUCCCGAAACCCAAAUGCCUAUGGAGUUAUUGCAGCUGCUGGGGUGUUGAGUGCCGUCCUGGUUUCUGCCACCCUCCUCAUAUUGUUACGACUCCGAGGUCAGGGUUACCUGUCCACGCCAGGGCUGUUGGUGGCUGUGAAGGAGUCUCUGCUGCUGUCAGAAAGGAAAACCUCACUGAUCUGAGGACACGCGGUCACCACCUGGCCUUGAGUGCAGUUAGACUGGGGCAAAGCCACAGUGGGACAUGCAGACAGCUGCUGGCUUCUCGAGACCUGAGCUCUUUUGGCCACAGAGAACUUUGAUUUUAAGCUCCUACAGACAUGGUUCUAGAUACUUGGGGUCCUCAGAUAUUCCUCUUGUGUGUGGAUAGCUUGGAUGGAGAAUUGCCAUAGCCAGGACUGAGGGCCGGCCCCAGGAUGCUUCCAAGAAGUGGGGCCACCCUGGCUUAGACACUCCUGCUGCUCACAUUGAUGGGUGGUGAUUAAAGUUUCUUUACCUCCUCUA